AUGUCCACCAUGAACUUUCAGUCCAUCAUUGCUCUCAUCAAUGAGGAGUUUGAUGAUGCCAUCGACAAGAAGCAACUCAUCCGUGCCAUCAAGACCAAGGAGACUGAAUUGAAGAGGGCAGCCAAGGAGGCAAAGGCAGAUAAGCCUCCUUCAGUGUACAAUGUGUACAUGUGGGAGAAGAUGAAGAACCUUGAUCUUGGAGACAUUGCUCCAAAGGAAAGGAUGUCAUACAUCUCGAAGAUGUGGAAGGAAGAGGCCGAUCAAUACAAGGCCGAUAAGAAGUGGUAUAAUGCCACAUCAGAGAAGAUGAGACAGGACAAGAUCAUAAGACAAGCGGACAAGGAUGCCAAGAAGGCUGAAAAAGAUGCCGAGAGAGAGGCUCAGAAAGAAGCGAAAAAGGCUCAGAAGGAAGCAGAGAAAGAUGCCAAGAAGGCAGAUAAGAAGAAGGAGGCUGCGAAGGAACCUGCUGUAGAUUCCGAAGCAGAACCUGAAGCAGAACCCGUGAAGAAAGAAGUCAAGAAGGUUGCCAAUCAAGCAGCCAAGAAAACAAAGAAAUAA